GACACAGAGAUGUUGGCGACUAUGGCGGCUGGGGGAGUUGCUGAGCGCCGCCCGGCACUGGGCUCCCUUUCCCUUCACUCAGCAGUUUCUGCCUCCUUGGGUGCUUGGCUUGUCUGCGGAGCUAGGGUCGUUGUGUGGAUCGUGGAACUGCAGCCCCAGCAAAGGGGCCACCACGUCUGUUCGGUUCCGUCACUCACGGUUCCGACAUUCACCGUUCCGAUUCUCAGACCCAGGUCCUUACCGGUCCUGCGGUCUGUUAAGUAGCUCCCUGUCCCUUCUGGAAGCUUGGCCAGGGAAGAUCAUUCCAUCUUUGAGUUCCAGAGCUGAGAUCUCACUAUGUUGCUCAGGCUGGUCUUGAACUCCUGGCUCAAGCGAUCCUCCCACCUCAGCCUCCCAAAGUGCUGGGAUUACAGAUGUAAGCCACCUCAUUGGGAUACCUCAGGGCAGCUUGGGUGGCCACAGUAGUACAAGAGAGGCUGCAGGGGCCCAGAUUCAGGGUAGAUGGAGUCUCACUCUUGUCGCCCAGGCUGGAGUGCAAUGGCACGAUCUCAGCUCACUGCAACCCCUGCCUCCUGGGUUCCAUCGAUUAUCCUGCCUCAGCCUCCCAGGUAGCUGAGAUUACAGGCAUGCGCCACCACCCCUGGCUAAUUUUUGUAUUUUUAGUAGAGAUGGGGUUUCACUAUGUUGGCCAGGCUGGUCUAGAACUCCUGAGCUCAGGUGAUCUGCCCGCCUCAGCCUCCCAAAGUGCUAUGAUUACAGAUGUGAGCCACUGUGCCGGCAGGUCCAGUCAUUUUUUAAAGGAAUGAGUGGUGGCUCCCACCCCCACCCUCUGUGUGGGAGGAGCUGUCCCUGCCAGCUCACAGCUUGGGUUCCCAGUGGUGGAGGGAGGUUUGUCUCUCUGGCCCAGUAAAGGAAGCAAGACAAACCAGGGGAAAGAUAAUAUUGCUGUCCCUCAUUUUAUAAAAGAAUAAGGACACAGGCAAAGACAGCUUCAGCUUCGUGCAAUCAAAAGCUCUUGCUGAGGGCACUAGGAAGAUGGAAAUGAAGUAAAUGUUUUCUGCCCUGGAGGGACUCACAGCCUCUGAGGGACAAGCAUCAAGGAACACUUCCUUGCAGUUCAGUGAGUACAACGGGGCCAUUCCCGACACAGUCAAGCAGAGAGGAAGGAUGGGGACCCUGCCUGUGGCCAGGAAAGUGUGGUUGCCAAUGCCAGAAUCGCAGAGUGAAAAGAUUUCAGCCUUCUAGAUCAGACUGUAGUGAGUUCGUAUAAUUUUAUGUUGCCUCGGCAACUAUCUUGAAUAUAACUUGAGCUUUCUCAUAAUGGAAGCAGUCUGUUAUGGACUGGGGUCUAGUUACCCUUGCCAGUUUUUUUUUGUUUUUUUUUUUUUUUUGAGAUGGAGUCUCGCUCUAUAGCCCAGGCUGGAGAGCAGUGGAGCAAUCUAGGCUCAAUGUAACCUCUUCCUCCCAGGUCCCAGUUCAAGCAAUUCUCCUACCUCAGCCUCCCAAGUAGCUGGGAUUACAGGCACGAGCCACCCAGCUAAUUUUUGUAUUUUUAAAUAGAGAUGAGGUUUCACCAUGUUGGCCAGUCUGAUCUUGAAUUCCCAACCUUGUGAUCCGCCCGCCUUGGCCUCCCAAAGUGCUGGGAUUACAGGCGUGAACCACCAUGCCCAGCCACCCUUGCCAGUUUCAAGCACUCCAGCUCCUCCCCGUGCCUCAUGGUGAUCCAUCCAAUAGCUAUCUAUCUCUCUCCCUUCUAUAACUACCUCCUGGUAACCACCUGCCUACGGGACAGAUGCAACCUGUUUGCCUCCCCCCACUGACCACCCCCUGCCUCUGCACAGAUGCUGCAUGUGUGCCACAGUGCCCACCUCUCCGUCCCAGGGUGUCUCCUGGAACUCAUGUCUGCUUUUAUUUAUAUAUUUUUUUAUUUAGAGAUGGAGUCUCACUAUGUUGCCCAGGCUAGUCUGGAACUCGUGGGCUCAAGUGAUCCUCCCACCUCAGGCUCCCAAAGUGCUGGGAUUACAGGUGUGAGUCACUGCUCCUAGCCCCUGCUUGCUUUAACCCACCAGCCAGAACCUCCUGCAGGGCUGGGCACCGUGGCUCAUGCCUAUAAUCCCACCACUUUGGGAGGCUAGCAGGGAGGAUUGCUUGAGCCCAGGAGUUUCAGCAUUUUGGGAGGCUGAGGUGGGUGGAUUGCUGGAGACUAGGAGUUCCAGACCACCCUGGGAAACAUAGUGAGACCCCAUCUCUACAAAAAGUAAGAAAAUUAGCUGGGCCUGGUGGUACACGCUGAGGUCUCUGCUAUUCGAGGGCUAAGAUGGGAGGAUCGCUGGAGCCUGGGAGUUCGAGGCUGCAGUGAGCUAUGAUCAAACCACUGUGCUCCAGGCUGGGUGACAGAGGGAGACCCUGUCUCAAAAUAAUAACAAUAAUAAUAAUAAUAAAGUAGAACUCUCUGUGGGAAACCUGCCUGGGGAAUGUCCUGGACUCAGUAAAGGCUUUGGCCCUUGGCCGGGCAUGGUGGCUCAUGCCUGUAAUCCCAGCAUUUUGGGAGGCUGAGAGGGGUGGAUCAUCUGAGGUUGAGAAUUCGACCAACAUGGAGAAAUCUCAACAAAGAAAUAAUUAUGGCCAGGGCAGUAGCACAGGACUGGAGAUGCUUGGACAGAGGAGCGAGAUCGGCAGUGCGUACAGAAUGGACACAUCUUCCUUUGCUUAACAAGGAAAGGAUCAGGGCAGCUGGGGCUGCAGACCCUGGAGGCUCACCACCCUGGGGACAAGACAAAGGGGAGGCAGUUGCAUAGAUCCAAGGUAGAAGAUGGAUGGGUAGGGCGUGGCAGACAGACUAGGCUGGCAAAAGUGGUGGACAAAGUCAAUAUCACAGAGGAAACCAAGUAAGGUUGGGGCAGGUGAGGAGUCCGAGACAGACUCCAGGGUGCAGGCUCCAGUGCCAUCAGAUUGGCCAGCAGGUGUGGUGGGAGAAAGGAGAGGCUUGGUGCUUAGGGAACGUGACAGCCAAGGUAGAGCAAGCCUGCAUGGACCAGGUUUCAAGUGGGUCCGUGAAGUGGAGGGCAGGUCCCUUGGUGGUCUUACAGAGAUGACGAGCAAUGCUGGGUCAACGUGGGAGGGGACAAACAGUUGCGUUCCCACUUCAUGAAGUGAUUUAUCUAAACUAGUAUUAUUUGGGUUGGGUGCAGUGGCUCACGCCUGCAGUCCCAGCACUUUGGGAGGCCACGGUGGGUGGAUCACUUGAGGUCAGGAGUUUGAGACCAGUUUGGCCAACACAGUGAAACCUCGCCUCUAUUGAAAAUACAGAAAAAUUGGUCAGGUGUGGUGGCACAUGCUUGUAAUGCCAGCUACUUGGGAGACUGAGGCAGGAGAAUCACUUGAACCCAGGAGGCAGAGGUUGUGGUGAGCCGAGAUUAUGCCACUACACUCCAGCCUGGGCAACAGACUCUGUCUCAGAAAAAAAAAGUCUCAUGGGAUUGACAUGCGAAAUAAGUAAUUCAUUCAGUGGAUGGAGGACUUUGGAGAUGGUUAGAUCUGGGUUCAGAUUCUGCUCUGGCCAGGCACAGUGGCUCCUGCCUGCAAUCCCAGCACUUUGGGAGGCUGAGGUGGGAGGAUCACUUGAGCCUAGGAGGUUGAGGCUGCAGUGACCUGAGAUCCUGCCACUGCACUCUGGCCUGGGUGACAGAGCAAGACCUUGUCCCUAAAAAGUAAAACAAAAAAGUGGUCUAGUGUGGUGGCUCACACCUGUAAUCUCAGUACUUUGGGAGGCUGAGGUGGGAGGAUCACUUGAGCCCAGGAGGACAAGGCUUCAAUGAACUGAGAUCAUGCCACUGCACUCUGGUCUGGGUGGCAGAGCAAGAUCUUGUCCCUAAAAAAUAAAAACAAAACAAACAAACAAAAAGGUCUAGUGCAGUGGCUCAUGUCUGUACUCCCAGCACUUUGGGAGGCUGAGGCAGGAGACUCGCUUGAGCCCAGGAGUUGAGACCAGCCUGGGCAACAUAGGGAGAUCACGUCUCUAAAAAAAUUUUUUUUCUUUUAAUUUACAAAAAGAAAGAAAGCAACAAAUGACCCAGAAUUCUGGUCACAUAGGAGGAGAUGUUUUGGCUUCAGCAGCAUGGGUGGCAUGAGUGUGGCAGGAAGAGAGCCAGACGCAAUCUCCUGGAGGACCUACGGGACCUGUGCCUCCCCCAUGCCUGUUGUUGGUGCUUUUCCUUUCUUUUUUGAGAUGGAAUCUCACCCUGUUGCUCAGGCUGGAGUGCAGUGGCGAUGCAACCUCUGUCUCCUGGGUCCAAGUGAUUCUCCUGCCUCAGCCUCUCAAAUAGCUGAGACUACAGGUGCGUGCCACCAUGCCCAACUAAUUUUUCGUAUUUUCAGUAGAGAACAGGGUUUCACUGUGUUAGCCAGGAUGGUCUUGAUCUCCUGGCCUUGUUUUCCACCCGCCUCAGCCUCUCAAAGUGCUGGGAUUACAGGUAUGAGCCAUGGCACCAGGCCUGUUGGUGCUUUCCUUGCAGGAGGCUGGUGAUCUCCAGGCUUUGCCCAGUGGCCCAGUUUGUGGUGGUGCUUAACAGUGUGGACGAGGGAGGUGUGAAAGCUGUCACUGCUGUAGAAGUGUGAGUUCCGAGGAGAAAGUAAGAAGUGGAUGAACUUAGUAGUUGUAAAUUGGGCCACCCACAGUUCCUCAAAAAGUUAAACAUAGACUUACCAUAUGACCCAGCAUUCUACUCCUGGGUGUAUAACCAAGAUAAACUGAAAAUACAUGUCCACACAAAAAGUACAUGAAUUUUCAUAGCAGCAUUACUCAUAACAGCCAAAGAGUGGAAACAACCCAUAUAUCCAUCAGCUGAUGAAUAAACAAAACGCAAUCCAUCCAUGCCAUGAAGAAGAGCCAUGCAGUAGCAGGGGUGAACCUUGAAGCAUCAGGCCACCUGAACUGAGCCAGGCACAAAGGAUUAUAGGCAUGAUUCCACUCAUGUGAAAUGUCUACAAUAGAUACAUCUACAGACACAACAAGUAGAAGGGUAUUUGCCAGGAGCCGGGAGUAGGAGAUCCUGACAUUGUUGCUGAUUCCUUUUUUUUUUUAGAUAGAGUUUCGCUCUUGUUACCCAGGCUGGAGUGCAAUGGCAUGAUCUCGGCUCACCGCAACCUCCACCUCCUGGGCUCAGGCAAUUCUUCUGCCUCAGCCUCCUGAGUAGCUGAGAUUACAGGCACCAGCCCCCACACCCAGCUAAUUUUUUUGUAUUUUUAGUAGAGAUGGGGUUUCACCAUGUUGGCCAGGCUGGUCUCAAACUUCUGACCUCAGAUGAUCUGCCCACCUGGGCCUCCCAAAGUGCUGGGAUUACAGGUGUGAGCCAGUGCACCAGGCUUUGAUGUUGCUGGUUCUAAGACCACACUCUGGAUAGUGCCCAAGGUUCUACCCAUCAACAAUGACAAACAGAACUUUCUGGAAUAAAUGCAGGCAGGCAAGCAAGCCCCAGAAUUGGGGCUUAGCCCAAGAGGGUUCUCAGCUUUGCCCAGGAAAGAAUUCAGGGGUGAAAUCUUUUAUUUAACUGGAGCUGCUCCUUGCUGAGGAAGGCUAACUCAUAGGCAGGGUGCCCAGAGACAGGCUUGUGGGUUGGUGGCAACUGUAUUUAUAUCCACUUUCAAUCACAUGCAAAUUAAGUGGUAGGUUAAUGCAAAUCAAGGGGCAGUUUAUUCAGAACUUUCUAGGAAAGGGGUGGUAACUUCUGGGUCACUGUAUGGAAAAGGGCAGUAGCCUCUGGGUCAUUGCCAUGGCAUUUGUAAACCGUCAUGGCACGGGUGAGUGUCUUACGAUAAUAAGCAAUGAGGGCAACUAGGGAUGGCUUUUUUGGCCAUCUGUUGGUUCCUGCUGGUUUUUUCACCUUACCCUUCUGUACCCAGAAAUAGCUCCUGCCAGUUUCCUAGUUUCUUUCUUUUUUUUUAAUUUUUGAGACAGAAUCUGGCUCUGUUGGCCAGGCUGGAGUGAAGUGGUGCUAUCUUGGCUCACUGCAACCUCCAUCUCCUGGGUUCAAGCAAUUCUCCUGCCUCAGCCUCCUGAGCAGCUGGGAUUACAGGCGAACACCACCACACCUGGCCAAUUUUUAUAUUUUUAGUAGAGAUGGGGUUUCACCAUGUUGGCCAGGCUGUUCUCGAACUCCUGAUCUCAAGUGAUCCUCCUGCCUUGGCCUCCCAAAGUGCUGGGAUUAUAGAUGUGAGCCACUGCAUCCAGCUUUUUUUUUUUUUUUUUUGAGACAGAGUUUUGCUCUUCUGCCCAGGCUGGAGUGCAGUGGUACAAUCUCAGUUCACUGCGACCUCCACCCCCCAGGUUCAAGUUGUUCUCCUGCCUCAGCCUCUCGAGUAGCUGGGAUUAUAGGUGCCCACCACCAGGCCUGGCUAAUUUUUUUGUGUUUUUAGUACAGAUGGGGUUCAGCCAUGUUGGCCAGGCUGGUCUCAAACUGCCAAUCUCAGGUGAUCCACUUGCCUCAAUCUCCCAAAGUGCUGGGAUCACAGGCAUGAGCCACUGCACCCGGCCUCCUGUGGAAUUUCUCAGUCAACUCCAUGCCUUUGUUCUGCUGCACUCUCCCUCUCUCUCCCCAGUCCAGGCCCUCAUCCGUAUAAGAAUCUGGCAGAGCGGAGCAGGGGGAGCCUAAGGAUGAAAUAUGAGCAGCCCCGACAGGCCACUCUGCAGGGCCACCCUCACCCACCGGAUGAGAACCUUUGAAGUGGAGUGCUCCAAUUACUGAUUUCCAUGCCACAAACCACCCCCAAACUUAAUGACCUCAGAUAGCAAUACUUAUCUUUCUCACAGUUUGCACUGGGAAGGGCUCCAUGGGGAUAACUCAUCCCUACUCUACUUGGCACCAGCUGAGUGGCCUGAAGGUUGGAACUGGAAUCAUCUGAAGAUUGGCUCUUUACAUGUUAUAGUUGAUACUGGCUGUCACUUGGUGUAGCUAGGACUUUAACCAGGACACUUGGAUGUGUGUUGGGCUCCCUCACAACAUGGCGGCUGGGUUCCAAGGGUGAGUACAGGGAGGAAAGGGAAAAGGAUGGGGGAUAGAGAAAAAGAGAAAGAGAGGGGACAUAGAGAAGAACACUUUAUCACUUUUAUAUUUCAACCUAGCCUUGGAAGUCAUGGUGUGACACUUCUGAUGCAUUCCACUUGUGAGGAUUCAGUCACUAAGGCCAGCUCAUAUUCAAAAGGAGGGGAAUUAGACUUGAUCUUUUCUCUUCUUUUUCUUUUGUUUGAGAUGGAGUCUUGCUCUGUCACCAGGCUGGAGUGCAAUAGUGCAAUCUCCACUCACUGCAGCCUUCACCUCCUGGGUUCAAGAGAUUCUCCUGCCUCAGCCUCACGAGUAGCUGGGAGUACAGGUGCCCACCACCAUACCAAGCUAAUUUUUGUAUUUUUAGUAGAGAUGGGGUUUCACCAUGUUGGCCAGGCUGGUCUCAAACUCCUGACCUUGUGAUCCUCCCGCCUGGGCCUCCCAAAGUGCUGGGAUUACAGGUAUGAGCCACUGAACCUGGCCGCCUUAAUCUUUUCAAUAGGAAUAUUGUUAAAAAUUUUGCAAACGUGUUUUAAAACCACCAUAUAGACUCAGGAAACAAGAGUGCCAAGGACAGAAUUCCAAAACUAUUUGGGGUUUUUUUUUUUUUUUUUUUGAAACAGGGUCUUGCUCUGUUGCCCAGGCUGGAGUACACUAGUAUGAUCAUAGCUCCCUGCAGCCUCAAACUCCUGGGCUCAAGUGAUCCUCCCAUCUCAGCCUCCAACGUAGCUGGGACUACAGGUGUGUGCCACUACAUCUGGCUAACUUAAAAAAAUAUUUUGUAGGGUCUUGCUAUGUUAAGGCUGGUCUUUAACCCCUGGGCUCAAGCAAUCCUCCCAUCCUGGCCUCCCAAGUAGCUGGGACUACAGGUACAUGCCACCAUGCCCAGUUAAUAUUUUCUUUUUCUCUCUCUUUCUCUCUCUCUUUUUCUUUCUUUCUUCCUUUCUUUCUCUUCCUUCCUUCAUUCUCUUUCUUUCUCUUCCAUCAUUUAUUUUCUUUCUUUUUCUUCUUCCCUUUCUUUUUCUUUCUUUCUUUUCCUUCCUUCUUUCUUUCUUUUUCCUCCCUUCCUUCCUUCCUUUUAUUCCCUUCUUCCCUCUUUCCUUCCGUCUUUCCUCCUUUCUUUCAACAGGAUCUUGUGUUCAUGCCCAGGUUGGAGUACAGUGGCAUGAUCAUAGCUCACUGUAGCCUCAAACUCCUGAGCCCAAGGGAUUCUCCUGAGUAGCUGGGAUUAUAGGCACAUACCAUCAUACUCAGAACAUUUUUUUUCUUAGACGAACUCUUGCUCUGUCACCCAGGCUGAAGUAUGAUAGCACAAUCCCGGCUCACUGCAACCUCUGCCUCCUGGGUUCAAGUGAUUCUCCUGCCUCAGCCUUCUGAGUAACUGGGAUUGCAGGUGCACUCCACCAUGCCCGGCUAAUUUUUGUAUUUUUGGUAGAGACAGGGUUUCGCCAUGUUGGUCAGGCUGGUCUCAAACUCCUAACCUCGUGAUCCACCUGCCUCAGCCUCCCAAAGUGCUGGGAUUACAGGCUUGAGCCACCACACCCAGCUAAUUUUUUUUGUAUUUUUAGUAGAGACGGGGUUUCACCUUGUUGACCAGGAUGGUCUCGAUCUCUUGACCUAGUGAUCCACCCACCUAGGCCUCCCAAAGUGCUGGGAUUACAGGCAUGAGCCCCCGCGCCCGGCCUAAGACCUUUUUUCUGAGACAGAUUCUCACUCUGUUGCCCAUGCCCAAAUGACGUGAUGUGAUUGCAGCUCACUGCAGCCUCAAACUCCUGGGCUCAAGUGAUCCUCCUGCCUCAGACUCCCAUGUAGCUGGGACUACGUGUGUGUGCCACCACACUUGGACAAUAUUUUUUAUUAUUUUUGUGAAGAUGGGGUCUUGCUAUGUUGCCCAGGCUGGUCUUUGAACUCAUAAGCUCAAAUAAUUCUCCUGCCUCAGCCUCCAAAAGUGUUGGGAUUAUAGGUAUAAGCCACGCCACCCAGCUGAUAAAUGACUUUUUGUCUUUUCUGAUAAAUCCUUUCUCAUGUACAGACAGGUGUCCUUUGGGUUGAGUACUCUGAUCUUUACAGAAUUUACAUUCUGGGCUGGGCACCAUGGCUUGCACCUGUAAUCCCAGCACUUUGGGAGGCCAAGGUGUGUGGAUCACCUGAGGUCAGGGGUUGAAGACCAGCCUGGUCAACAUGGUGAAACCCUGUCUCUGCUAAAAAUUACAAAAAUUAGCUGAACGUGGUGGCACAUCUGGUAGUCCCAGCUACUUGGGUAGCUGAGGCAGGAGAAUCGCUUGAACCUGGGAGGCAAAAGUUGCAGUGAGCCAAGAUCAUACCACUGUAUUCCAGCCUGGACGACAGAACGAGACUCUGUCUCAAAUAAAAGAAAAAAAGAAUUUACAUUCUGUUUGUGAGGGAUAUCUUCUAGUAAAUUUACAUUUGCUUUGGUCUACCUGCCCAGUUUGGGUUAAAAUUUUUGUGAAUACUGUUACCUUGGGUUUUUUGGAUUUCAUUUGACUCUUUCCUCAUUUCUAAGAAUCUCCCAAGAGCAAAAUAAAGAUUCCAACCAGUGGGUGCAGGAUGGCUGACGUAAGCCACUAAGAUGGUUGCUGCUUUCUAAAACACCAGACUAAACUCCUAACAUCCCUUUACAGCAUUUAUAGGGUUGUCUUUGCUCUCAAGACAUUAAUACAAAAUGGAAUGGGGCCGGCGCAGUCUCUCACACCUGUAAUCCCAGCACUUUGGGAGGCUGAGACGGGUAGAUCACAUGAGGACAGAAGUUCAAGACCAGCCUGGCCAACCUGGUGAAAACCCGUCUCUACUAAAAAUACCAAAAAAUUUUUAGCUGGGUGUGUGGCAGGCACCUGUAAUCCCAGCUACUCAGGAGGCAUAGGUGGAAGGAUCCCUUGAACCCAGGAGGUAGAGGUUACAGUGAGCUGAGAUUGCGCCAUUGCAUCCCAGCCUGGGUGGCAGAGUGAGACUCUAUCUCAAAAAAAAGAAAGAGAAAGAGAGAACAGAAGCCGGGCAUGAUGGCUCACACCUGUAAUCCCAGCACUUUGGGAGGUAGAGGUGGGUGAAUCACCUGAGGUCAGGAGUUCAAGGCCAGCCUGGCCAACAUGGUGGAACUCUGUCUCUACUAAAAAUAAAAAAUUAAGGCCAGGCGUGGUGGCUCACACCUGUAAUCCCAGCACUUUGGGAGGCUGAGGCAGACGGAUUAUCUGAGGUCAGGAGUUUGAGACCAGCCUCACUAACAAGGAGAAACCCCGUCUCUACUAAAGACAAAAAAUUCGAGGGACAUGGUGGCGCAUCCCUGUAAUCCCAGGUACUCGGGAGGUUGAGGCAGGAGAAUCGCUUGAACCCGGGAGGUGGAGGUUGCAGUGAGCCAAGAUCAUGCCAUUGCACUCCAGUCUGGGCAACAAGAGUAAAACUCCAUCUCAAAAAAAAAUUAGCCAGGUGUAGUAGCAUGCGCCUGUAGUCCCAGCCUCUUAGGAGGCUGAGGCAGGAAAAUUGCUUGAACCCAGGAGGCAGAGGUUGUGGUAAGCUGAGAUCAUGCCACUACACUCCAGUCUGAGCGACAGAGUGAGACUCCAUCUUCAAAAAAAAGAGAGAGAGAGAGAAAGGAAGAAAAAAAUAACUAGAUAAACAUUUAUAAAAGUUAGGCUCUCUCAGAUCAAGCAGGUGGAAACCUUGAGCCAGGGCAAUGAUGUAAGAUGUCUCGGUCCAGCAUAAAAAUGUUGACUUUUUCUGCGACACAGAGGCCAAAAAGCAAAACCAAAACCAAAAUAAAACAAAACACCUGCUAAAAUUCUUUCUUGCCCACAUUUGCUAAUCAAACCAGACGAGUAAACAAAAGGUAGAUGUGUUACUAGUUCCAGGGUACUCAGAGAUUUUGUUUUUCUUAUACAAUUUGGCCAAUCCUGGCUAAAAUGUAAACAAUGGAAAAUGUAACCCUAGACUCAUUUGAAACUGAGAAAAAAAAAUUUUUUGAAACAAUCUCACUCUCAUGCCUAGGCUGGAGUGCACUGGCAAGAGCACAGCUCAUUGCAGCCUCAACCUCCUGAGUUCAAGCAAUUCUCUUGCCUCAACCUCCCCACUUGAGUUCUGAGUUGGGACUACAGGCAUGUGCCACUAUGCCCAGGUAAUUUUUCUUUUUCUUUCUUUUUUCUUUUUUUUUUUUUUUUUGAGCUGGAGUUUAGCUCUUGUCCUCCAGGCUGGAGUGCAAUGGGGUGACCUCCGCUCACUGCAACCUCCGCCUCCUGGGUUCAAGUGAUUCUCUUGCCUCAGCCUCCUGAGUAGCUGAGAUUACAGGUGCCUGCCAACACUCCCAGCUAAUUUUUGUAUUUUUAGUAAAGACGGGGUUUCACUGUGUUGGCCAGGCUGGUCUAGAACUCCUGACCUCGGGAGAUCCACCUGCCUCUGCCUCCCAAAGUUCUGGGAUUACAGGCGUGAGUCACCGUGCCCAGCAAUUUUUAAACUUUUUGUCCAGGUGAGAUCUCACUUUGUUACCCAGAAUUGUCUUGAGCUUAUGGGUUUAAGCAAUCCUCCCACAUUGGCCUCCCAAAGUGCUGGGAUUGCAGGCACCAGCCACCAGACUCAGCCGAAACAGAAAAAAAAAAAAAUUAAUGUGUAAAAGAGUUUUUGUUUUUUGGUUUUUAAAAAAAUCAAACUGCCAUAAAACUGCUUUACCCAAAAUUUUGGUCCGCAGCCUUAAUCAGAUUACUUAUCAGGGGAAAUAAAUCUUAGCCAUGUGAACAGGUUCGGUUUUAUCAGAAAUAUAAUUUGGAUCCAACUGUCUUUUAUAAACUGGUGAGCUUGUGGGGCACGGUGGCUCAUGUCUGUAAUCCCAGCACUUUGGGAGGCCAAGACGGGUAGAUCACCUGAGGCCAGGAGUUCAAGGCCAGCCUGGCCAACAUGGCAAAACCCUGUCUCUACUAAAAAACACAAAAAUUAGCUGGGCGUGGUGGCCCACAUCUGUAAUCCCAGCUACUGGGGAGGCUGAGUCAGGAGAAUCACUUGAUCCUGGGAGACAGUGGUUGUAGUGAGCUGAGAUUGCACCACUGCACUCUGACCUGGGCGACAGAGCAAGACUGUCUCAAAAAAAUAAAAAUAGGCUGGGCACCAUGGUUCACCCCUGUAAUCCAAGUACUUUGGGAGGCUGAGGCAGGUGGAUCAUGAGGUCAGGAGAUUGAGACCAUCCUGGCCAACACGGUGAGACUAAAAACACAAAAAUUAGUUGGGCGUGGUGGUGCACACCUGUAGUCUCAGCUACUCGGGAGGCUGAAGCAGGAGAAUCACUUGAACACAGGAGGCGGAGGUUGCAGUGAGCCGAGAUCGCACCAUUGCACUCCAUCCAGGGUGACAGAGUGAGACUCCGUCUUAAAAAAAAUAAUAAUAAAUAAUAAAUAAAUAAAAUAACAAUAAAAUAAAAUAAACUGAUGAGCUUGUGUUACUAUCUCAUGACUUACAUUCUAUAGUGAAAGUCACAAGACCUUUAUGUGUGUGUAAAUGUGUUUUUGGGUUUUUUUUUUUUUUUUUGCCUUUUGUGUGUUUUUAUUUUAUUUUUAUUUUUUAAGUAGAGAUCAGGGGUCUCACUAUGUUUUGCUUUUUUGUUUUUGUUUUUGUUCUGUUUUGUUUUGUUUUGUUCUGAGACAGUCUCACUCUUUCGCCCAGGCUGGAGUAUAGUGGUGUAAUCUUGGCUCACUGCAACCUCUGCCUCCCAGGUUUAAGGGAUACUCCUGCCUCAGCGUCCCAAGUAGCUGGGAUUACAGAUGCCUGCCACCACGCCCGGCUAGUUUUUGUAUUUUUAGUAGAGAUGGGUUUCAUCAUGUUGGCCGUAUUGGCCAGGCUGGUCUCAAACUCCAGACCUCAUCUGCCCACCGCAGCCUCCAAAGGACUGGGAUUACAGGCACGAGCUACUGCUCCAGGCCAGGGUUUCACUACAUUUACCCAGGCUGGUCUCAAACUCCUGGGCUCAAGCAGUCCUCCCGCCUUGACCUCCCAAAGUGCUAGGAUUACAGACAUGAGCCAGUAUGCCAGGCCUGUAUGUGUGUUUAAAUGUGUUUAUGCAUAUGUACAUGUAUUUGCAAAAAAUCUGGCAUGGUGGCCAGAAAUCCCUUAAGAAAUUCUAUUUACAUAUUUGAGUGCUCAUAUAGUUGUAAAUAUAGCCGGGUGCAGUGGCUCACACCUAUAAUCCCAGAAUUUUGUGAGGCCAAGGUGGGAGGAUUACUAGAAAUUAGGAGUUCAAGACUAGCCUGGGCAACAUAGCAAGACCCCAUCUCUACAAGAAAUUUAAAAAUUAGCUGGGCAUAGUGGCCUGUGCCUGUAGUCCCACUGACUCAAGAGGCUGAGGUAAGAUGAUCACUUGAGCCCAGGAGUUUGAAGGUACAGUGAGCUAUGAUUGUGCCACAGCACUCUACUCUGGAUGACAGAGUAGGAUGCCCUCUGUCUGUUAAAAAAGAAAAUAUAUAUAAAUAAUAAAUUACUCUGUGUGUGUGUGUGUGUGUGUGUGUGUGUAUAAAGAGAAAGAGAGAAAGUAAUUAAUCCAAAUGUCUUUUACUUCCUCUGACUUCAGUAAAUCUUUAAUCUUUAAUAAAUAAGCUGGUUUUAAAAGUAUUGGUAGAAUAGGCUGGGCACUGUGGCUCACACCUGUAAUCCCAUCACUUUGGAAGGCUGAGGAGGGUGGAUCACCUGAGGUCAGGAGUUUAAGAUCAGCCUGGCCAACAUGACAAAACCCUGUCUCUGCUAAAAAUACAAAGAAAUUAGCCUAGUGUGGAGGCAAGUGCCUGUAAUCUCAGCUACUUGGGAGGGUGAGGCAGGAGAAUUGUUUGAACCUGGGAUGCAGAGGUUGCAGUGAGCUAAAAUCGUGGCACUGCACUCCGGACUGGACAACAGAGCAAAAUUCUGUCUCAAAAAAAAAAAAAAAAAAGAAGAAGUAUUGGUAAAAUAAAAGUAGAAAUGUCUUCAGAAUUGGCAGCAUACAUUUUUGCUUAGGUUUACUGGUCAGACAGUUUUAUAUUUAUCUCUAGUAUAUGUUUUAAGGUAGCAGGGUCUGACACAAAGGUUAUAAGACUAUAAAUCCAGUUUCAAACAAAAUGAUCUGUGUUUGUGUAAUUUUUUCUUGUCAGAGACAGGGUCUUUUUCUGUUGUCCAGGUAGCAUGAUCUAGCUCACUGUAACCUUGAACGUCUGGCCUCAAGUGAUCCUCCUGCCUCAGCCUCUGGAGUAGCUAGAACGAUAGGCAAAUGGAACCACACCCAGCUAACUUUUGUAUUUUUAGUAGAGACGGGGUUUCACCACAUUGGCCAGGCUGGUCUCUAACUCCUGACUUCGUGAUCUGCCUGCCUCAGCCUCCCAAAGUGAUGGGAUUACAGGCAUGUGCCACCACGUCCUGCCCCCACCCUCCUUUUUUUUUUUUUUUUUUUUUUUGAGACGGAGUUUCGCUCUUUUUGCCCAGGCUGGAGUGCAAUGGCUCGAUCUCAGCUCACCACAACCUCAGCCUCCUGGGUUUUCAAGUGAUUCUCCUGCCUCAGCCUCUGGAGUAGCUGGGAUUACAGGGAUGAGUCACCACGCCUGGCUAAUUUUUUCUGUUUUUAGUAGAGACAGGGUUUCUUUGUGUUGGUCAGGCUGGUCUUGAACUCCUGACCUCAGGUGAUCUGCCUGCCUCAGCAUCCCAAAGUGCUGGGAUUACAGGCAUGAGCCACCGUGCCUAGCUACUACUUUCCUUUGAAAUUAACAUGUAUCUGUAGGGAGAUACAAGACUAUGUAAAGAAUCUUUUUUUUUUUAGUUGGAGUCUUGUUCUGUCACCCAGGCUGAGCCACCACACUUGGCAAUAAUUUCUUAUAAAUAAACUUUUCAUGUAAUUUUUAAUCUUCAAGUAUGUUUUAUUAAAUUAUUAGAUAUUCAUUAGGUACGUGGAUUAUUUCCAAGUAAGAAGAAAUAACUGAAACAAAUUGCUGAACAUAAAUGUUUUUGCCUGGGCCUGUCUUCUUAAAGUUUAUAGAAUAACUAAGUAUAGCUGGUCUUUUUUUGUUGUUAAGUGACUGUCGCUUUGCAGAAGAAAAUAUGGACAGCUAUUAAGAGCUGUGUAGUAUGCUGGGAAUGUGCCAGCCCAGGGAUUUCUCUCUCUCUCUUUUUUUUUUUUUUUUUUUGAGACAGAGUCUCACUCUGUUGCCCAUGCUUAAGUGCAAUGGCACGAUCUCGGCUCACCACAACCUCUGCCUCCCAGGUUCAAGUGACUCUCCUGCGUCAGCCUCCCUAGUAGCUGGGACUACAGGCCCCUGCUACUAAACCCAGCUAAUUUUUGUAUUUUUAGUAGAGACAGGGUUUCACUGUGUUGGCCAGGCUGGUCUCAAACUCCUGACCUCAGGUGAUCCACCGGUCUUGGCCUCGCAAAGUGCUAGGAUUACUGGUAUGAGCCACCACGCCCGGCCAAGCCCAGGGAUUUCUGUCUAUUCUUCUGCCACCCGGCCACCGCAUGCUCACCCACACAUACAUUGGUCAUGCGACUUUGGGCACGUCACCUCCUUUCUUUAGGCCUUACUUUUGUCAUCUGUGGAUGAGUGAGUCAAACUAGAGAAUUGCAGAACGUCUCCCGGACUGCAGAGCCUGAUGACAUCUUGUCACACUGCUCCAGGCUCCUCCCACCCUCAGCCCCAGGAGAGAGGAACAGACAUGGGGAGCAGGUAGGAUGGCCGGGGUUUUUAUACCCAGGACUCCUCCCAGAGGCCUGCCGUUUUUGUUCCCCAAGCUCACCUCACUGAUAUUUCCAACCACAAUGGAGGCUAAAUGGUCUGAAGGGAGAGACUGAUGUUAAUUAAAAGUCUGAGGCAAGGGCCAGAGAGGUGACUCACACCUAUAAUCCCAGCACUUUGGGAGGCUGAGGUGGGAGGAUCUCUUGAGGCCAGGAGCUUGAGACCAGCCUGGGCAACACAGCAAGACCCCGUCUCUACCCAACAAAAAUUAAAUUUAAAAAAAAUGUGAAGGAGGCAGGCCAAGCAGGGGGUGUCUGAAGGGGCUGAAUGGCAGGAGCAGAUCUGGGAGGCACCGUGGAUAGGACAAGGCAGGACGGGGCAGGCAGCCUCCCAGGAGGAGCAGCAGGGUAGGCACCAUGGUUCUCUGAGAAUGUACAGGCCAGAGUCUCUGUGUCCUUUUUUUUUUUGAGAUGGUGUCUUGCUCUGUCGCCCAGGCUAGAGUGUGGUAGCCGGAUCUCAGCUCACUGUAACCUCCAUGUCCCGGGUUCAAGUGAUUCUCCUGCCUCAGCUUUCCGAGUAGCUGGGAUUAUGGGCGACCACCACCACACGCAGCUAAUUUUUGUAUUUUUUAGUAGAGAUGGAGUUUUGCCAUGUUGGCCAGACUGGUCUCGAACUCCUGACCUCAGGUGAUCCACCCGCCUUGCUCUCCCAAAACGCUGGGAUUACAGAGAUGAGCCACCACGCCUGGCUCCUGUGUCCUCUUUCUCAGCUUCUGUGUGAAUGUUCUGGGGCCUGGGCCUGGCUGUGGGGUGACACUAAGUUCAACAGAGCCACUGCCCAUUCCAGCCCCACCCUACCCCAGGAAAUGCCUCCUCACCACAGUGACCACAUCCCCUUGGGUUGCUUUGGAAACAAACACUCCCCGGGGGCAGGCAAGUUGGGGCACAGUUGCCCAGCAACAAGUGGUGCCCUCCCUUCCGCCUUCAUCGGAGGCCGGGCCUCUACGUCUGAAAGGCGACCGCCCUGCACCCUCCGAACCUGCGCCUUCUAGUCUGGCACCAGGAAGAGUGGUUCCAGGAGGGAGAGGAGCCCGGGGACUGAUCCAAGAUGCUGUUGACUCCAGAGCCACCCUCUGGGCACGUGGAGGGGACCCCCACGUGGGAGGCAGCCCCGUGGCCCUUGCUGCCCUGUGGGCCCUGCAUCCCUAUCAUGCUGGCCCUGGCCGCUCUGGCUGCGCUCUUCAUCCUCACCACCGCUGUGUUGGCUGAACGCCUGUUCCGCCGCACUCUCCACCCAGACCCCAGCCACCAUGCACCCACCCUGGUGUGGCGCCCAGGAGGAGAGCUGUGGAUUGAGCCCAUGGGCACCCCCCGAGAGCGCUCUGAGGACUGGUACGGCUCUGCAGUCCCCCUGCUGACGGACCGGGCCCCUGAGCCUCCCACCCAGAUGGGCGCCUUGGAGGCCCGAGCGACUGACCCACCUGCCCCCUCAGCCCUGCACUCUGCUCCCAGCUCCUUGGGCCCCCAGACCCCACCAGAGGUCCCAGCCCGGAGUACCUUCUGGGGGCCCCAGCCCUGGGAGAGGAGGCCCCCUACCACAGGACUGGUGAGCUGGGCUGAACCUGAGCAGAGGCCAGAGGCCAGUGCCCAGUCUGGGAGUCCCCAGGCCAGGAGACAGCGGCCAGGGAGCCCGGAUCCUGAGUGGGGCCUCCAGCCACGGGUCACCUUGGAGCAGAUCUCAGCUUUUUGGAAGCGUGAAGGCCGGACCAGUGUGGGGUUCUGAAUCCCCAGGGUCCCCCAGAGACCUCAAGGAAUGCACUGCCUCAGUGGGACCAGGGACCCCAGGAUCUAGCAUUAGGGUUGAGCCUGAGGCUACUGCAGGGAAGAUGUGCCUCCCAGGCCCCUUCCAUCUGGAUUCCCUGUCCCUGGGUCCAGGUGGUGGCCAGGCUGUGGGACCAGGGGAAGCCCAGCAGUGCCUCUGCUCAGCUGCCUGGGCUGUGGCUCAGAGACCUGGGGGUGGGGCCCACUCCAGGCCAGAAGCCUUCAAGAUCGAAUCCAGAUGAAGCAGCGAAGGUACCAGCUAGGCAGGAAAUGGCAUCCACCAGCCACCUCCACUUUCCCUCACUGUUUACCAAAGCCCCAAUACCAGAGCAAAAGGGUCCCGCGGUGCUGAACAGCCUUGGCGUGACGAUGACAGCUGUCAGUUGUGCUGGCAGGAGAUGGCAGGAAUCCAGCUUCCCAGAGCCACAGAUCCUGUUCUCCUUGGCCAGUGAGGUCCUCCAGGAAAAUACACAAAGAGAGGACCAGACCAGGCAGAGGAGCAUUUUAUUACAAAUGAACUGUGACUUUGACCCCCGAACUGUGAGGAGGAACUUGCUGAGCCAAGCUGGAGCAGCGCUGUCAUGCUGGAGUGGGGACCUGGAGUCAGAAAACCCAAAGGCUCCUCUGCCCAUCCUCCUCCAUCUGCACACACCUCAGCUUUGGACUCUCGCCACUCCAUGACGAGCAAGACCCCAGUCAGGGAGAACUGAGUUUCAUCCAAUGUGGAGAGGAACGUUGUCCCAGAGCAGGGCAGCUCCAAACUGUGCCUUCUAGUCAUCGUCCCUCCCAGCUUGCUGGAGUAUCCGGAGAAACAGAUUUGCAGCAGCUAGGCUUACUUCUAAUGUCCACCCCAUAGAAAUGGGGCCCCGAGUACCCUGCUCUCCCCUUUAGGAGAAACGGGCAGGUGAGUAGCAGAUGGAAUUUCCAUUUUCCUGGGAGUCCAAGUUCCCAAACAUCAUCCUUUUUCUUUUCUUUUCUUUUUAAGACAGAGUCUCAUUCUGUCACCCAGGCUGUAGUGUAGUGACACAAUCUCAGCUCACUGCAGCCUCAAACUCCUAGGCUCAAGCGAUCCUCCCAUUUCAACCUCUAGAGUAGCUAGGACUACAGACGCAUACCACCACGCCCAGCUAAUUUUUGUAUUUUUUUGUAGAGACAGGGUCUCACUAUACUGCCCAGGCAGGUUUCCAACUCCUGGGCUCAAGUGAUCCAGCAGCCUUAGCCUUCCAAAAUGCUAGGACUACAGGCAUGAGCACUGCACCCGGCCAUUUUUUUUUUUCUUUGAAACAGGGUCUCACUGUAUUGUCCAGGCUGGAGUGCAGUGGCACAAUCAGCUCACAGCAGCCUUGAACUCCUGGGUGUAAGCGAUCUUCCUAGCUCGAUCUCCCCAAUAACUGUAAUUACAAGUGUGUGCCACCAUACCUGGCUAUUUUUUUUUUUUUUUUUAGAGACGGUGUCUUGCUAUGUUGCCCAGGCUGGCCUUGAACUCCUGGGCUCAAGAGAGCCACUCAUCCCCACCUCCCAAAGUGUCAGGAUUACAGGCAUGAGCCACCAUGCUUGGCCAAACUUCACCCUUGAAUAUUAGUAAUUUUGCCACAUUGGUUUACCACCUGUACUAUUAUUUGCUUUAUGUUUUUCUUUAAAACGUCUCAUUAUUCACUUGAUAAAAUUAUUGUAAUAGGAAUCUUUUUGGGUAUCACUUCUGUAAAUGGAAAACCUCUCAUUUGCCAUCAGUAGAAGGUAAAACAUGAAAAUAAAUGCAAUGUAAACAAAA